AUGAGUUGUGGCGCACUUGUGUCCCUAAGUGAUCCGGAGUCCGUAGCCAUGUGCAGUACCGGCACUAUGACCGCGUCACCGCAGGCAUUUGAGGAUAUGUCGGGCCUUGAGUGGACACUACUACUGGCCGGAAUCGCGGCCUUGAAAUCAGAACAUACGUGGCGUCAUGUGUGCACUGGCGAGCUUUUUGCCUGGAACCCACAAUUUCAGUGUGACAUGUGGUAGCAGCUUUGCUAGCGUUUCAGCACCCGCCGCGCACUGUCAUCCCCAAUGUGGGAGCGUGAGCCUUCCCGCUCUCGAGCUCGCUACAAACCUACCAGCCAUUCACCUAUUUCUGGAGUUAUGAUUGUUGGGGACUUGGCGCCACCAGUUACUCUCCCCACGGCGCGAAUUUUGCGGAAAGUAUAUGACCAGGCCCGACGUCAUACUCAGGGCUAA